CCGGUCCGUGCCUGUCUGCGGGAGAGAAGAUGGCGGCGGUCGGUGAAGCUGUGCGGCUGGAGAGAGAUAUCUCAAGAGCCAUUGAAUUGCUGGAGAAAUUGCAGAGGAGCGGGGAAGUGCCCCCACAUAAACUACAUGCUUUGCAAAGAGUCCUUCAGAGCGAUUUCUGCAAUGCUGUCAGAGAGGUUUAUGAGCAUGUUUAUGAAACGGUGGAUAUCAGUAGCAGCCCAGAAGUGCGAGCAAAUGCGACUGCCAAGGCCACCGUAGCUGCGUUUGCUGCCAGUGAAGGACAUUCCCAUCCCAGGGUUGUGGAACUUCCCAAAACUGAAGAAGGUCUUGGAUUCAAUAUAAUGGGUGGGAAAGAGCAGAAUUCACCCAUCUAUAUUUCUCGUAUUAUCCCUGGUGGGAUAGCAGAUCGACACGGAGGACUUAAGCGUGGUGACCAGUUGCUCUCUGUUAAUGGCGUGAGCGUAGAAGGGGAGCAGCAUGAGAAAGCUGUGGAACUUCUGAAAGCAGCUCAGGGUAAAGUGAAGCUGGUGGUACGGUACACUCCUCGAGUCCUGGAAGAGAUGGAAUCCCGCUUUGAAAAAAUGAGGUCGGCGAAACGUAGGCAACAGAACUAGAAGAACAGAUUUGUACACACUAAACACGAACUUUGAUGUCCACCCUACAAUACAUUUGGGUUCACCUGUGAACAAGCAGCACCGUGCUCAAUUUAGAUCCCUACUGCUCAACGUCGCCACUUGAACCAUUGCAUAGACAUCAUCUCUAGGGUUUGGAGUUGGCACAACAAUACCAUAGAGGUCUUUCUGAUAUGAGUGUUAAAACGUUUACAGGGCACUUUUUACAUACCCUCAUUUUUUAAUCUAGAGAGAAAUAAACUCAAUUUUAAUACAGUUAUGUAA